GCCCUUCUGCGGACAGAAGUGGGGAGAAGCUGAGGAAGGGAAAAAAAAACCUUAUUUAUAAUCAUUUCCCCACUGUUGGCAUGGCAACACAGGCAUACGUUACUGAGCUACAGGCAGCCCCGCAACCAUCCCAGCCAUCACAGGCCCCAACACAGGCUCAGCCCCAGCCACCACCACCGCCACCACCAUCAGCGCCCCAGCCACCCCAGCCGCCCUCCGCUGCUGCCACCCCUCAGCCCCAAUAUGUCACUGAGCUCCAGAGCCCCCAGCCCCAGGCGCAGCCACCAGGAAGCCAGAAGCAGUAUGUGACGGAGCUCCCAGCCGCCCCAACACCCUCGCAGCCAUCUGGGGCACCCACCCCGGCCCCAGCGUCCCAGCAGUACAUCGUGGUCACCGUCUCUGAAGGCGCCAUGCGGGCCAGUGAAAGUGUGUCCGAGGCCAGCCCAGGCUCCACGGCCAGCCAGACCGGAGUCCCAACGCAGGUGGUUCAGCAGGUGCAGGGCACCCAGCAGCGACUGCUAGUCCAGACAAGUGUGCAGGCCAAGCCGGGCCACGUGUCACCCCUCCAGCUCACCAACAUCCAGGUACCCCAGCAGGCCCUCCCCACACAACGUCUGGUAGUCCAGAGCCCAGCCCAGGGCAGCAAGGGCGGCCAGGUGUCCCUGACAGUUCAGCAGGUGAACUCACCCCCUGAGCGAUCGCCAGGGCAGGCCAACAGUUCCUCCAGCAAGACAGCCGGUGCCCCUGCGGGCACAGUGCCACAGCAGCUGCAGGUCCACAGUGUCCAGCCGAGUGUCCCCACCACCCAAGAGAGGUCCGUGGUCCAGGCUACGCCACAAACACCCAAAGCAGGGCCCGUACAGCAGCUGACAGUGCAGGGCCUUCAACCCGUCCACGUGACUCAAGAGGUGCAACAGCUGCAGCAGGUGCCUGUCCCACACGUGUACUCCAGCCAGGUGCAGUAUGUGGAGGGUGGUGACGCCAGCUACACAGCCAGUGCCAUCCGCUCCAGCACCUACCCCUACCCAGAGACGCCACUAUACACCCAGACGGCUGGCACCAGCUACUACGAGGCCACAGGCACGGCUGCCCAGGUCAGCACUCCUGCCGCUUCCCAGGCAGUGCCCAGCAGUGGUUCCGUGCCCAUGUAUGUGUCCGGCAGCCAGGUUGUGGCCAGCUCUACCAGCAGCGGCGGCAGCAGCAGCAACAGCAGUGGCACAGGCGCAGGUGGCGCGGGAGGUGGUGGUGGCGGCGGCGGCGGCGGUGGCAGUGGUGGCGGCAACAGCAGCGGAGCAGGCACCUAUGUGAUCCAAGGCGGGUACAUGCUGGGCAGUGCCAGCCAGUCCUACUCUCACACCACCCGUGCCUCGCCAGCCACUGUCCAGUGGCUUUUGGACAACUAUGAGACGGCGGAGGGCGUCAGCCUACCCCGGAGUACCCUCUACUGCCACUACCUGCUGCACUGCCAGGAACAGAAGUUGGAGCCUGUCAACGCUGCAUCGUUCGGCAAGCUCAUCCGCUCUGUCUUCAUGGGCCUGCGCACCCGCCGCCUCGGCACCAGAGGCAACUCCAAGUACCAUUACUACGGCCUGCGCAUCAAGGCCAACUCGCCCCUGCUGCGCCUGAUGGAGGAUCAGCAGCACAUGGCCAUGCGAGGCCAACCCUUCUCGCAGAAGCAGAGGCUCAAGCCCAUCCAGAAGAUGGAGGGCAUGACCAACGGUGUGGCCGUGGGGCAGCAGCAGGCCGCUGGGCUGUCGGACAUCAGUGCCCAGGUUCAGCAGUACCAGCAGUUCCUGGAUGCCUCCCGGAGCCUCCCUGAAUUCACAGAGCUGGAUCUCCAGGGCAAAGUGUUACCGGAGGGCGUCGGGCCUGGGGACAUCAAGGCUUUCCAGCUCCUAUACCGGGAACACUGUGAGGCCAUCGUCGACGUCAUGGUGAACCUACAGUUCACCCUGGUGGAGACUCUCUGGAAAACGUUUUGGAGGUACAAUCUCAGCCAGUCCAGCGAGGCGCCAACACUAGCCGUGCACGAUGAGGCCGAGAAGCGGCUGCCCAAGGCCAGCUUGGUACUCCUCUCCAAGUUCGAGCCUGUGCUGCAGUGGACCAAGCACUGUGACAACUUGCUGUACCAGGGCCUGGUGGAGAUUCUCAUCCCUGACGUGCUGCGGCCCAUCCCCAGUGCCUUGACCCAAGCGAUCCGGAACUUUGCCAAGAGCCUGGAGAGCUGGCUCACCCAUGCCAUGGUGAACAUCCCUGAGGAGAUGUUGCGGGUGAAGGUUGCGGCGGCCGGUGCCUUUGCACAGACGCUGCGGCGCUACACGUCGCUCAACCACCUGGCUCAAGCGGCCCGUGCAGUCUUGCAGAACACAGCACAGAUCAACCAGAUGCUGAGCGACCUUAACCGCGUUGACUUCGCCAACGUGCAGGAGCAGGCCUCGUGGGUGUGUCGCUGCGAAGACCGCGUGGUGCAGCGGCUAGAGCAGGAUUUCAAGGUGACGCUGCAACAGCAGAACUCACUGGAACAAUGGGCUGCCUGGCUGGAUGGUGUCGUGAGCCAGGUGCUCAAGCCCUACCAGGGCAGUGCUGGCUUCCCCAAGGCUGCCAAACUCUUUCUUCUCAAGUGGUCUUUCUACAGCUCCAUGGUGAUCCGGGACCUGACCCUGCGCAGCGCUGCCAGCUUCGGCUCCUUCCACCUCAUCCGGCUGCUCUACGAUGAGUACAUGUACUACCUGAUUGAGCACCGUGUGGCCCAGGCCAAGGGCGAGACCCCUAUCGCAGUCAUGGGCGAGUUCGCCAACCUGGCCACCUCGCUGAACCCCCUGGACCCCGACAAAGAUGAGGAGGAGGAAGAAGAGGAGGAGAGCGAGGAUGAGCUGCCGCAGGACAUCUCUUUAGCAGAUGGAGGCGAGUCGCCUGCAUUGGGUCCCGAGGCCCUGGAGCCGCCCGCCAAGUUGGCACGGCCAGAUGCGCGAGGCCUCUUCGUGCAAGCGCUGCCCUCCAGCUAAGUCCCGUGACCCGUGGCCGCUGGCCCGGGUCCCCACCCGCCCAACCCCACCACCCCCCACGCCAGGGUCC